GGAGGCCACAGGUCGAGGUGAGUCUCAGCGCUCAGCUUCCUGCCUGCUCUUGCACAGAUCAUGAGCUGUCAGCUGCUCAGGGGCCAGCAGUAGCCACAGGACAGAACUCAUCACACACCGCCACCAGCAACAUCUGCCACCAGCCAGCCAUGGGACAGUGCCAUUCAGCCAACGCCGAGGACGCCCAGGAAUUCAGCGACGUGGAGAAGGCCAUUGAGACCCUCAUCAAGAACUUCCACCAGUACUCAGUGGAGGGUGGGAAGCAGACACUGACCUCCACCGAGCUAAGGGAUCUGGUCACCCAGCAGCUGCCCCACCUCAUGCCGAGUAACUGCGGGUUGGAGGAGAAAAUUGCCAGCCUGGGCAGCUGUAACGACUCCAAGCUGGAAUUCGGAAGCUUCUGGGAGCUGAUCGGAGAAGCAGCCAAGAGCGUGAAGAUGGAGAGUCCCGUCCGGGGCAGCUGAGCGCCUGCUCCGGGAUUCUCCAGGGGGAUCUCCACUCUCUUUGCUCUGCUCCCAGCCCGCACUGCCUCCCCUCUGCACGGCAGGGUGGGGGCCUGGAGGGAAGUGGAGGGAUGAAGAUGGUGGGUAGAAGGGCCCAGUGAUUUGGGAGGGGGGCAGACAGAGAGGAGCUGUGGGAAAUGAACGGGGAAGGGCUGGGGCACAGAGCAGGAUAUUUGGUGCUAAAAAAGGGUGACUAAGUCCUGCAUCUGUAUCUCUUCCCCUCUCCAAUUUGGGGUCUCCCUGUCUUCC